AUGGUCGGCUCCUCUAAGCUGUGCCCGUGGAAGGAUUGGAUGGACUGGGAGUACGACCAAGAGUGGAGGACCGAGUCCCAUUACAGGCACCUGCACUUCCUCCACGAAAUGUAUUACGAAAUCCUCAGGAUGGCCAACUCACAUUGGAACGAGGAACACGGCAAGAUUGAGCACGGUGCCGAUUGGCGUACUGUUAGCGAUAAAUGGAGCGUUAGGGACUGGUACCGGUGGAAGUUGGAUGAGAUUCAGAUGAUACAAUGGGAAAUAAAGCUUAGGAAACAUAUCCUCUUCAUGAUCUAUGCAGAUAGGCAGAGACAAAUGAUAAGAAACCUGAAAUGUUAUGCAGUUGGGUGUACACACUUGGUGGACCAUUAG